AACUCGCCGGCGGUAAAGUAAGAAGUUUCCUUCGCUACUGAUUUUUUCCUUGCCCUUAAGGUGUAAUUCUGCACUAAGGUUAUUACAGAGGGAGAGAAAAAAGGGCUUACGUUGUUCCAAGUAAAGUAGUGCAUGCUUUCUCAUUUUGAAGCUAUAUUUGGGACGCCGGUCAGGUCCUAAAAUUCUGUGCGAAAAACCGGAAACAGCGCAAGAGAAACCUUUCCAAAAAAUCAAGAAGCCUUUUCAAAAGCAAAGUGAAAGAGAAACAUUGUAAUUUGCCUGUCUUUUGGCUUCGCAAUCACAAUGAACCAAGGGAAAUCCUUCGAGGAGAGAGCAGCAUUGCUUCGUUCUGAUGAUCGCCGAUACAAAUCCAUGGGAUCUGUUCACCAGAAUAAAUGCAAAAUUUACAAGCGGCGAUGGUACAUUUUGGCAGUCUUCUCAGUCGUUGCUGCAUUGAAUAAUUUGAUUUGGAAUACGUGGGGACCCAUACAAGGCACUUCACAAGUGGUGUUUGGCUGGGAUAGUACGACCAUAACGUUGCUUGCAGAUUGGGGUCCAAUUUCGUUCGUGGUCACAGUAGUACCAAUGUGCUGGCUUAUGGAUAUGAAAGGUUUAAGAGUAGCUGUUCUGGCAGCUGUUUUCUGUGAAUUCAUUGGAGCAGGUCUGCGAUGUAUACCCCUUAAUGAUGAGCAUGUUACCCUUCAAACUUGGCUCAUCCACUGUGGACAAUUCAUAACUGGAAUUGGGGGACCCAUUGCCAUGGCAGCAGCUCCAAUGGUGUCUGCAGCAUGGUUUCCUCCAGAUCAGCGAACAACAGCUACAGCCAUUUCCUCCCUUGCCUGCUAUAGUGGAACUGCACUUUCUUUUAUUCUUGGACCCCUUAUGGUUCCAGAUGUAGGGGAUAUGAAAGCUGCGCAAAAUUUAACCACUAACUCAGGGAUUGACUAUUUGGCUUUAAGAAAGCUUUUCAACCAGAGUGAGAUUGACCAUUUGAGAGAUAAAAUCAUGAAUCUCAUGUACACUGAGUUGGGGAUCACUACUAUAACGAUGCUCUUUGUUAUCAUCCAUUUUCCUGAGAAGCCAAAGCUACCACCAAGCGUCACUGCUGCUAUGGGACGGCUGGAAUUUAAAAUCGGUGCCAAGAACUUACUGAAGAAUGGCCAGUUCUGGUUGUUGGUUUUUAUUUAUGGUAUGGGAACCGGAGUCUAUGGUGGUUGGUGCUCGAUAUUGGAUCUUAAUCUCUCACAGUUCCACAUUGAUCAGAAAACAGCUGGAUGGUUGGGAUUUGGGGCUGUUGUUGCUGGAUCAGUCUCAGGAAUUUCCCUCUCAAUAUUUGCAGAUCACUUCACUCGUUACAUGAAGCUGAUUGUUAUAGCACUCUUGACUGGUGCCACAGUAUCACUGAUGAUAUUUACUCUGAUUUGUGCUGGUGUUCUUCCAUACUCAAAAGUGGUCCUGUUUGUAACCAGCAUCCUGGGAGGACUGUUUGUAAAUGGAACAAUUCCUUUGUUCUUUGAAUUAGCAGUGGAAUCUACGUACCCAGUUGCAGAGGGAAUCACUUCAGGUUUUCUUACAUUCUCCAAUAAUUUCCUACAAGUUGUUUUCUAUAUUUUCCCAAUGCUGCCAAAGUUUGGGUUGAGAUGGAUUAACUGGUGCACAUUUGUGACAACUGCCCUUUGUAUUCCUCUACUGGCACUUUGGAGGCAAAAGCGUUACCGCUCUGAUGUUGAUGCCAAAGACUGCUACAUUCCUGCCCCACAUAACAGAGAAUUGAAUGCUGAGGUUAAUUAUGGUGGCGUGUCAUCUACUGGUACAAAUGGACAUCCUUCAUUUCCUUCAAUACAGGAAAACACUGAUGGUUUGACUCCCAGUGCAUGAAAUUGAUACUCCCAAUUUUUGGGAUAAUUUGGAUAACUUAACCUCCCCAAAUGUAUUUAGUAUACACAACUCUCAUGUUUCUAGCAAUUUAAAGGGGAUAUUUGCAGGGUUGAAUGUUUCCUAAGUUUUACUCCUUGAGCCAUUAUCUUUCUCUGACACCUUCUUUGCCUUGGUUCAUACAGAGGAGCUGCUUUCUACUCCUACUGAAAAGAUAUAUCACUAAGAAUUAAUCCUUCUGUUUUAGAAGUUGAAGGGAGAUAGGGAGAAGUCAUUUCUGAAAAUAAAAAAGGAUGUUGAAAUUUCAUCCUGGUCACCAUGUAUGCGUAAUACUCAUAACUAUCUUGAUUGAUAAACCUUUAACCCCUUAGAGUGUGUGCCUUCUAGUUUCUCCUUACAAUAUCACCAUUAAAUCAAAUGUUAAAGUCACAAGUAUAAAAGAAAGGGUCACCAAUUUAACCCUUUAACUCCCAAGAUCUGAUUGUUAAUUCUCCCUUCUAGCUGCUACACAUUUCCUUGUAAAUUAGCUAUGAGAACUUGGUGUUAGAUCAAGAUAGCAGCUUCUACCUGAUAACUUUG